CGCACCUCUCCUCGCCUUUGUAUCUACAGCCGCGGUCGUUCUCCCGGCCCUGGUCCUGGCACCAUGAGCUUCGGCUCGGAGCACUACCUGUGCGGCCCCUCCUCCUACCGCAAGGUGUUCGGAGACAGCUCUCGUCUGUCUUCGCGCCUCUCUGGGGCCGGCGGCGCAGGCAGCUACCGCUCUCAGUCGUUGUCCCGCUGCAAUGUGGCUUCCUCGGCUGCCUGCUCCUCUGUCUCUUCGCUCGGCCUGGGCCUGGCCUACCGCCGGCCUCCGGCGUCCGACGGGCUGGACCUGAGCCAGGCGGCAGCGCGCACCAACGAGUACAAGAUCAUCCGCACCAACGAGAAGGAGCAGCUGCAGGGCCUCAACGACCGCUUUGCUGUGUUCAUCGAGAAGGUGCAUCAGCUGGAGACGCAGAAUCGUGCGCUCGAGGCCGAGCUGGCCGCGCUGCGGCAGCGCCACGCUGAGCCGUCGCGCGUUGGCGAGCUCUUCCAGCGCGAGCUGCGGGACCUGCGCGCGCAACUGGAGGAGGCGAGCUCGGCUCGCGCACAGGCCCUGCUGGAGCGCGACGGGCUGGCGGAGGAGGUGCAGCGGCUGCGGGCGCGCUGCGAGGAGGAGAGCCGGGGGCGCGAAGGCGCCGAGCGCGCCCUGAAGGCGCAGCAGCGCGACGUGGACGGCGCCACGCUGGCCCGCCUGGACCUGGAGAAGAAGGUGGAGUCGCUCCUGGAUGAACUGGCCUUCGUGCGCCAGGUGCACGACGAGGAGGUGGCCGAGCUGCUGGCCACGCUGCAGGCGUCGUCGCAGGCUGCUGCAGAGGUGGACGUGGCUGUGGCUAAACCAGACCUGAGUUCUGCGCUGAGGGAGAUUCGCGCCCAGUAUGAGUCUCUGGCCGCCAAGAAUCUCCAGUCAGCCGAGGAGUGGUACAAGUCCAAGUUUGCCAACCUGAACGAGCAGGCAGCGCGCAGCACCGAGGCCAUCCGCGCCAGUCGUGAAGAGAUUCACGAGUACCGGCGCCAGCUGCAGGCACGCACCAUCGAGAUUGAGGGUCUGCGUGGAGCCAAUGAGUCCUUGGAGAGGCAGAUACUGGAGCUGGAGGAGCGACACAGUGCUGAAGUGGCUAGCUACCAGGAUAGCAUUGGGCAGCUGGAGAAUGACCUGAGGAACACCAAGAGUGAGAUGGCACGCCACCUCCGGGAAUACCAGGACUUGCUCAAUGUCAAAAUGGCUCUUGACAUUGAGAUAGCAGCUUACAGGAAACUGCUGGAAGGUGAAGAGACACGUUUUAGCACCAGUGGGUCAAGCAUUUCAGGGCUGAAUCCACUUUCUAAUCCAGGUUAUCUGCUCCCACCUAGAAUCCUCAGUUCUACAACCACCAAAGUCUCAUCCACUGGGCUGUCUCUUAAAAAAGAGGAGGAGGAAGAAGAGGAGGAGGCUUCUAAGGUAGCCUCCAAGAAAACCUCCCAGAUAGGGGAAAGUUUUGAAGAAAUAUUGGAGGAGACCGUAAUAUCUACUAAAAAAACCGAGAAAUCAAAUAUAGAAGAAAGCACCGUUUCAAGCCAAAAAAUAUAAUUCCGUUGCUUAAAAAGAGUUCAUGCUUAAGAGGGGAUAAAUUGCAUUUUGACUUGUUAAACAGCCUAUUCCUGAACCCAAACACCUAUCACCACUAUAAAAUGUCUUCAAGGCGUCAGUCUCAUAUUUAGCAUCGAAUACCUACAUUCUCUAAUAAGAAAACCACCCCUUAGACUGGAGCAAACUGCAGUUCUAGAGCCAUCACAGAGGUGUUAUCUACGAACACAGCUUUCUCCCCUAAAGCUCAGACUUUACAGUGGUAGAUGAUUCAGGUACAGAGGAAGUACAAACUAAGGUGCUAAAUCUGUGAUCAUCAUCAUUUGCUGUGAAUUGAAAUGAAAACCUAGUUCACUCACUAUAACCAGCCAUUACCCAGCUCUAUAAUCUCACUCUAGGUACGUAAAAUAUAAGAUCACUGCCAAAGAUGAACUAAUGGUCCACUCCUAACACCACUCUAGGAGAACUGUUUCGCAACUGAUAGGUGUUUAUUUAAUGGACACUUUUCUUCCCAUCCCCCCUCAAUUCCAUAUACUCAGAAAAAAAAAGGCUACUGUAGUAUUUUUCCCUUUUAAACACAUUUAGGUUCUUCUCAAAAAGAACUUAACCUUCUUUGGCUCUCUUUGCUGAAUGGGUAAAAUUUAGAUGCAUGUUGACCAUAUCUAUGAUCAUAUCUUCCUAAUUCUGUAGGUUCAAAAAAAAUGGCAGUGAUAAGUUUUAAGGGUUGCCCCCAACAAAUAAAAUAAUAAAGACUCCCUAGAUUUUAGGCUUUUCAGCUUAUAAAAUCCACUUAAUUAGGGGAAAAGAAGCCCUACUCAAUUAAGAAUGUAGCUUUUCACCUUAAUGUUAGAAACACAGUAAUAGUUACCCCAAGCUGUGAUUAAGGUGACCUUAGAUUUAGUAAUAUAAGCUAGAAGAGGUGAGUAUUUGUAUGAAUGGACAAAGUGAAGGUCUCUGUGUCGGUUCCUGUGUGGUGAUAUAGAAUUAGCUGUUCUAUGCCCUUAUCUUUAGACAGAAUCCACCUAUUCCCCUUCCCACUAGUCUAGGUCCUGAAGAGGCCUUGUUUUCACUCUCCUAUGCCUUUUAAAAGUGUUCAAUGUAGGUUAUGUUAUCACCAGGACGCCAUGCUACUACCCCAAAGCAAAAGAAGUUACUUCUGGUCAAUCAACACCACCAGCAAAUAUAAAAAAAGAAACCUUUCUCUUUUCUAAAAGAGUCUUGCCCAGCAGUUUUCCCAUUGCUGCCCGGUUGGUGGGCUGUCCCCCGCCGCAGGAGGAGACACUCAGGCCAGAGAAGGUGCCCGCGCGCCGCUGCUCACAUGCUAGCACAUAGAUUCCGGAGCACCCACUUUUCAUCUGCCCAACCGCAUAGCAGCUGCGUUGCCCAGUCUUCCACGUGUGUCAAGUGUGAUGCAGAAUCAGUUCUCUGCCAGCAGUCACUUCACCAGAGCUAAAGAGUUGCCAUGUCUCUGUCACACUUCUCCAUCGAGAGCUCUGUGGCGAUAAGGACACGAUGCUUUUACUGAACUUACUUACGCUAGCACGUGCUUCCAUAGUUCAAGGGACGCAAAAGAUACUUCUCUCUUCUUCCUCUCCCUUACUCCAUCCCCGUCUUUACUUCCCCCACUUACUGUAAAACAUUAGUGAAUGAAGAAUUAAAAAUCACAUGA